AUGUUUAAGCCAAAAAUUUAGAAGGAGUAAUAAUAACAACCAUUUUACUUAAGUUGGUUUGCUAAUUAAGGGUAUUUACAUGAGAAGUUAAUUUAGCUUAGAGAGAAUCCAAAAAGAGGUGGGACAGCACCAAAUCAAUCUCGAAAAGAUAAAUUAUCUCUAAAGAGUCCUUAUCAGCAACCAUUGAUCACAGUUUCUCAUUAAGCACCUAAUCCAUAUACGAAAACAAUGUGAGUAACAUUCUUCUUAAAGUAGAUAGCCUCCUAAAAGUUACUAAAACAACAUUUAAUAGAUCUCAAAAAUCUAUGCUGGUUCAUUUUAAGGUAUGAUGAAGAGAAGGAGUCUUGAAAAAAGGUAUGAUGAUGUACCAAAGAGUGGAAGAACUUCAUUUAAACCAUCUAGAACAUUUACUCAAUAAAACUCCAGAGCAUUUCAUUCUUGUGAAUAGUAGAGCAGACCAUAAACAUAAUAAUUAAAUACUUUCGAACCUAAAAUACAAUGCGACAAUAUUGUUUCAUAUAAUUAUGAAGAUCCAUAACUUACUCCUAGAGACAAUGAUGAUGUCGAAAUCAUGGAAAUUGAUAAUGUCGAUAUUGAUUCAAAUGAAUCUAAUGAAGCAGACAGCGAAGAAGAUCAUAACUUACAAUUACCAACUUAAAAUUAAGAAGAGCCUCACAUCUAAAAGAACAAAUCAUUUGUUCAAAAAUAAAUAGAAGAACCUAUUAUUAGCAUGAGAAAAGCAACUGCUACUCUUAACAGACCUUAAACAUCUGAAGGAGCAAGAAGAAAAAGAUUUGCCAAUUCAACCAAUGAAGUUUAGCAAAAUAUAACAUAAAAAAAAGAUUCUGAAUUUUAGAUCUUUGAAUGUUAAGCUAAUAUUAUUUAAGAAGAUGAUUCUGAAAAUAAUGUAAUUAUUCCAACCAUAACCAACACUCUUAAUUCACCAAAAGUAUUAAUUACUUUUAUCUAGGAUUUACUCUCUAUUCGUUCAGGAUAAAGAAGAAAACCUACUGAUCAGGCAAUCGAUAAUUUACAUAAUAAUGAUCGCCCUCCUUCAAGACAUAAAACACCUCCUAAGGCUACAGGGUUAGAAUUACCUUUUUAGACUGUUAAUUCUUUAGUUAAUCAUGAAAUACCCAUUAAAAAUAUGUAUGCAUAAAUUGAUGACAAAAGUAAACGAAAUUCUAUAUAUAAUCUUAGUAAAUAAUAAUUUUAAUGAUGAUCUUGAUGAAUUUGAUCUUGGCUUUUUUAAAAUGAAUAAUAAAGUCAAUCUGAAUAAGUUUCAAUCCAAAGAUGGAUAUCAUACUGAUGAAGGAAGUAUUUAUACUAUAUUACUUUAGAAAAAACUAACAUCAACUAUAAACAUCCUUAAUCAGCUAAUCUUAAAUUUAACAACAUUGGGUUCUAAAAUUUAUCAUAUUCCCCUCUAAAUAAUUAAAUUACAUCAGCUCAUGGAUUUAGAACCAAUGAACCUUAGAUAGUUAUAAAAUAUAAUAAUAGCUCUUCAAUUAAUAAGAAUUAAGCUAAGCUACCUGUAAAAGUCCCAUUUCAGACAUCAUUAGGCUAAGAUUUCUUAAGCCUAUUUGCUAAUGAUUGUACAGACUGA